AUGGCAAGGAUGUUGCGAUAUUUCAAGCGCAAGAUUGAACAGUGGCAGGUCAUCACAGACGUGAAUUAUCUGGCAUGGACGAAACUUCUGGGCGCACAGAUCGCCGAGAUGGAGCAGGAUCAGACCGCCGCUCUUCGUUUCUAUGAAGAGGCAAUAGACCACGCUUCGAUGCAUGGGUUUGCUUUCGAAGAGGCCCUUAGCCAACAUUUGUUAGCUGAAUAUCUGAUGCGUGAGAGAUCUUCACGAUUAGGCACACUGGCUCUGAAGGAGGCAGUUAGACUCUACCGACGAAUUGGGGCGACGGGGGUGGCUGAUCACAUUCUGCAUUCCCAUGGUCAGGAGCAGCAGACAACGGCAACGGUACGGGAGAUCGCUACUCAAACCGAAUCAGACGACAUCACGACACGGAUUGGCCCUCGGGUGUCUGAUGUUGGGAAUGACGAGAUAUCAAGUACCGGAGGACCCGCGGCAGAGCGUGUCCUUCACAUCCUAGAUCUCACCACCAUCCUCGAAGGCUCCCAGGUGAUAUCUAGCGUUCUAAAGGUCGAUGACCUACUUCGGACGAUGUGCAAAAUCAUCAUGCAGAGCUGCCAUGGCGUUGCUACCAUGGCGGCCAUUAUCACCAAGGAGGACCUGAACCUUGGGUGGGCUGUGGCAGCCAGUGGCGACGCAACUGGUAACAUAAAAGUACAUGAUCCUCCGACACUGGUUGAACGCUCCCAUCUUGUCGCGGAAAGUAUUGUGAAUUAUUGCGUGCGCUUUCGCGAGGCGGCGUAUUUGCCGGAUGUCUUGCAAGAUCCGCGAUUCAGCUACGUGAGUGAAGCAUGGGCGGGUCAGAAUGCCGUCAACAAAUCAGUCGUGGCGUUACCCAUCUCUUACGGUGGUGAAGAGAAUGAGCCCAUCGCGGUUCUGUACCUGGAGGGACCACCCAACGCUUUCUCGUAUCGCAAUCGCGUCGUUCUACAGUUGCUCGUCGUCCAACUUGGAAUUAGCUAUUCCAAUGCACUGACUCUCCGGGAAGUGGAACGGGUGUCCACCAUCAACCAAUCUAUGGUAGAUGUCCAGAAAAAGGCAUUGGCGGAAGCGAUGGAGGCCGAACAAAAGGCGAACAUCGCUACAUCGGAGGCUCUGCGUCAUGCCCAGCUUGCCGAAGAGGCCGUCAAGGCUAAAAGCAUCUUUUUGGCCAAUAUAUCCCACGAGCUUCGAACGCCACUCAAUGGGGUUAUUGGGAACUCGGAGCUAUUGCUCACCAGCCCACUAUCGGAGCAGCAAUUGGACAUGGCUGAUUCGAUCCGCAUGUCGGCGAACCUCCUGCUCACCGUGAUCAAUGACAUCCUCGACUUCUCCAAAAUUGAAGCGAACAAGGUGCAGUUGCAUAUCAUCUCCUUUGAUGUCGAAAAAAUGGUCAGAGAAGUCGCUCGCUCAAUGCCGACUGGCUUUGGGAACAAGCAGGGAUCCGACAAUGUCCGCAUGAUACAAGAUGUCAGCCCACCCUCAACCCAUGUCUUUGGGGAUCCCGUGCGAAUGAAGCAGAUUCUGGGCAACCUAGUCAGUAACAGCCUGAAAUUCACAAAGACAGGAUCCAUUACAAUAGGAUCCAGGGCAGACGAUGAGACUGAGGAUUCUGUUCGUCUUUCUUUCUGGGUGACAGACACGGGUAUUGGCAUCCCACCUCGGCUCGUACAGCACCUUUUCAAGCCCUUUACGCAGGCUGAUGCCAGCACCGCGCGCCGAUUCGGCGGCAGUGGUUUAGGCCUCAGUAUCUGCAAAUCCCUGGUAGAUCUGAUGGGGGGCACCAUCGAGCUCAAGAGCGCCGAAAACGUUGGCACGACUGUCUCUUUCUCGAUUACCGUGCCGAAGGUCACACCCGGCGGAUCAGGGACUGCUACUCCAAACACACUUCUGGACAGCUCUGGAGACCUCUCCAAUGAAGCAGCCCCGGCUUGCCUUGAUGUGUCUCAUGUCCCCCUCUCCGACCUCCGCGUCUGCAUCGCGGAAGAUAACUUGAUCAAUCAGAAAAUCACGGUGCAAUUCCUUAAGAAGCUAGGAUUUGUCCAGGUAGAUGCCUACAAUAACGGUCUUGAGGCCGUGGAGGGUAUCCAGAAGCAAGCUCGUGCGGAGCAACCGUACCACAUGGUCCUGAUGGAUGUCCAAAUGCCUGUCAUGGACGGAUAUGUUGCCACACGUCGUCUGCGCAGUGAUCCGAUGGAUGCUGUGAGGCAUAUCCUGAUUAUUGCUCUCACAGCUUCGGCAAUCCAGGGCGAUCGAGAGAAGUGUCUGGAAUCAGGGAUGAAUGAUUAUCUGGCGAAACCGAUCGUUUUGGCAGGGUUGAAAAAGAAAUUGAAUGCAUAUCUACAGAUUCAUUAA